AUGGAGAAGUUUUGGGCAGAGGUCGAACAGAGCCAGACUCUGAGCCAGGAGGAGACUGAAACCAUAGCCACGAUCCCAUUUGAGACGACCGAUAUAUCCGGUAUAUCUCUGGACGCACCUACUGGAUUGCAUAUCGCUACUGAUCUCCACCUGGAAAAGAAGUUGGAACCGGUCAGAGUCGUGGCGGGCCAAGACAGGAGUGAAAACAUUGGCAAUGGUUACAUCUCCGUGGCCAGACGGCGGGGUCUGCCGCAGCUGAAUCUGGAGCAGACCGAAUCGUACAUCUUCGAGCUACCAACAAUCUCCAACCAGUCUCUCGAGCCUGAAGUGGCGGAUGCCAAGGAUACCAAUAUACCCACGAUUCAGGGGAACCCGCCCAUCCCUCAGAAUCCGGAGCUUGAGACGGUGGCUCCCGAGUCUCUUGACAGCUCCCUGCUGACAGUCUCGCAGCCCAGGUUGAGCAGUAUUAAAGAUCGUAUCCUGCUCUUUGAGCGGACAUGCCUUCCACCAUCCGUGUCUACCGAGCCGGCCACUUCCGAAUGGCUGGGCGCGGACAUACAGGAGAAUAGUGCCACAACUCCACUGACUCCGUCGAUCAAUAUGGUCGAAUUGAACUCCGACAGAAUCGGUGCUGGUUGCUGUACCGUUGAGUCGUCCCAGGUGCUGGUGGAGCACAUGCAGCCCAAGGCGGAUGUGGUGGUGGAGGCCCACAGCGACUGCCCCCAGCAACCGGCCCGCCAGCAGAUGGAAGAAGCUCAGCGCUUGGAGCAGACGAACUCCACUCUGGACCAAGAAAUCGACCUAAUGAUCGAGCGCGCUUUGAACGAGGUGAACAAGAUGGCUGUGGCCCCCAACGAAGUGGACAAGCUGAGAAACUACCUCCAGGCCAACAAGAACCGAUUCAACAAGCUGGUUCAGUACCAGUAUGACGAGAGCCUGCGUAUGCAAGCAGAGUUUGAUCGCCAGCAGAAGUUCCUCAUCAAACAGAUUUGCGCGGAAAUAGAGUUGCCGUUCGCACCGCUGUCGGAGCAUACCAGCACCCGGUCUCUGCAGCAGCAGGCCGAUGAGCCCAUUAGCAAUAGCAUGGCUACCACAAGUGGCGCUGAUUCGCCCUAUCCUGUACCUAUUGCGGACAGCUACAUCCCCAGUCACCCUCUCCCCAAGUGCUUUUUUGGAACAGGCCAAGGGGUUCCCAAAAGCUCUGAGCACGAGUCGAAGUCACUGUCCGGGACUGUCCGCAAAAGCAAUCUGAACAAUAGCAAACGUCCAGCAGCCAGGUCUGUAUCCACCGCCCAAAAAAGCAACAACUGCAGAACUCCAGGGACAGUGUUCACAGGAGUUGCAUUCCAGCGCGUCGUGGGUGGCGGUGGAGGAAGUGUAGGCAGCGAAGGUCUUAAGAAGACUUCACUAGGAAGGGGCAAUGCAACCGCCACCAGGUCCCGCAGCACUGCACGCCAUCCUCCCCAGGGGCAGCAGCAACAGCAGCGUGGUGCAUCAAAAGCCAGGAAGACAUCAACGCCCAUGCGCGGACGCAAUGUGAGUUCACACAAGUAG